CUUUAUUGUAAAAUACUACUUUAAAUUUAUUCACUUUUUUUUUUGUCAAUCUAAACAAACAACGAGAAAAUGAAUUUUAGUUUUGAAGGCAAUUACAAACCAAGACGAAAUAUUAAUUUAGGUGGUGUAAAAAAAGUGGAAGAUAAAAGAUCACUUAUGCUUAAAGCACAAAAUGAGCGAAAAGCAAGAGAACAAGAACGUCUUAAAAUAAAAAAUACAUUACGCAUUCAAGCAUUUUAUAGAGGUCGUAAACAAGCCUCAUUAACAAGACAUGAGCAAAGAAAUGAAUUUCAAAAAAUAUUACACAGUGCGCAGUUUUUGAAUAAUGAAACAUUACUUCAGUUGACUCGACAACUUGUUUUAUUUUAUCAAAUAAAAAAUGAUGAAGAUUGUCGACUUGUCGAUGAAUACAUUGCCAAGAUUAACCAUCAAAAAUUAAAAGACAUGUUUCAUAUCAGCAAUAAAAGAGAAGCAGUCGAUUCAUGGGUUAGGUUAUGCUGUUUAAUGAUUAAAAAAGUAUUGCUACCAAAUAUAGAGAACUCAAGUUCAAUUUCUUCGUCUCAGUUUCUUUUAUAUCUAUUAGAUUCAACUACAUAUUUUAAAGGAAAAGAAGAUGAAAAUCGUAUUCAUAUUAUCACUUUUACCUUGUAUUACACCAAAUUACUCGAUUGCAUAAAACAUAGUAUUAUGAACAGUGACUAUAAAAUACAUAUGAUGGAGUCUAUUUUGAUGAAUUUAGUUACAUUUUAUCCACCUUAUUACUAUUCUACGUCAUCUCUAAUAGAAAAAUAUGCUAUAAAGCAAAAUUAUAUGACAAGAGCUAAUUUGUUACGUAUGCUGUUAACCGAAUUGUUUACCGUGCCCUUUUUGUUAGAUAAUAUGUCUGAUAAACAAAUUAUAACUCAGUUAACAAUUCAGUUACCAUUCAAAGAUCUUUUAGAAACGAUUACUACUUUGUUCAUAGAUAGUCAAAAUAAUCUAGAUGAUUUAGCUAUAGCAGGAUUAUUAAUUAAUAUCACUACAUUAGGAGAUACUGAAGAUGGACAGCCCUUAGAAGGCGAUAUACUUACAAAUUACGCCAAAGUAAUUCAAUUAUUACUAACUCAUUUACCUACCUCCUAUUUUACUGAUCCAUUAGAAAAGAGUAGCAUUGAGAUAAUGAAUCAAGAGAGUGAUUUAUCAGACGAGGAAGAAGAUAUUGAAAUGGAAGAAGUAUCAAAUACUAGUUUAGUACCAUCUGUAUCGCCCUUGAUUAAAGAAAGGCUUGAAUCAAUUUAUGACUCUAAACGUAUUCGUCAUUUAUUAUAUCAAUUUAUGCAACUUGUUAUCACUCAUAAAGAGAAUGAUAUCAUGAUAGAAUCAAUCUCUAGCUUUUUUAAUACCCUUAUCUUACGUUGGCCAACAAAGAAGGAUACCAUUUUAAAUACAUUACUUUACAAAUCAUUAUCAAACGCUCAAGACCUAUUGUUACCCAUCUUAUGGUCUUCAUGGUCAAAAUCAUUGGAAGCUCAGUUAUUUAAUGAUGACUGUCAUAUUAUAUCUCGUUUAUCUGAAGCAACUCAAUUUCUCUUAACGAAUUCAAAAGGCUGUUGGUCUAUACUCUACUUAUUAUGUGAAGUUUAUGGACGAUUGUUAUUAACGAUGGCUGAUGAUGAAUUUUUGGAUAAAGGAUCUUCACAUAUUCGUAACCCUUUAGAAUUAACACAAGUAGUCGAUCUUAGUCGUCAAUUAAAGACUAUUUCAUUUGUUAUGUUUUGGCGUGCUAAUAGUAUGGAUUUGACAAAAAUGGUAGGACUUACGAGUAUUUCGCUAAAUCAAUUACGAUCUACUGUCACCCAUCUAUUGCAGCACAUUCAUAUGCGAGAUUCAAGACGUCGUUUUUGUCCUAAAGAUCAUUGGUUAAUACCCCAUUUAGAUACUGAUGAUUUUUCAAGUGAGGCAGUAGCAGAGGAGUUCAAUUUAGAAAGCGAACAAGAGAAAGAUACAUCCUUGAAGCCAUUAAGAAUGUUAUCUAAGGGACGAUUAGCGAUCAUCAGUCCACGUUUAGGCCUCUUGAACAAUAUUCCAUUUGUUAUUCCCUUUGAACAACGUGUUGAAAUCUUUCGUAUGUUUGUCAAUAAUGACAAGAAACGCAAUCAUAUUGAUGAAUUUUAUAAUCGUCCUAACAAGGCAUCUGCAACAGUUCGUCGAAAUCAUAUCUUUGAGGAUGGCUUUAAUGCUUUACAUACGUUAGGAAUUGAGCUUAAGAAUAAGAUAUUUAUUUCCUUUGUAGAUGAAUUUGGAUUAGAAGAGGCGGGUAUUGAUGGAGGAGGUGUAUUUAAAGAGUUUUUAACGGGUAUUACUAAAGAGGCCUUUAAUACCAAUUAUGGACUUUUUACAGUUACUUCUGAACAACUUUUAUAUCCUAAUCCUACUUCCUAUGCAACAGAAUCUGAGCAAUUAGAAUAUUUCAAAUUUUUAGGUUUAAUUAUUGGUAAAGCUGUUUAUGAAGGUAUUUUACUUGAUGUUGCAUUUGCAGACUUUUUCUUAAAGAAAUGUCUUGGACAAGUAAACUAUUUGGAUGAUUUAUCUUCUUUGGAUCCAGAUUUAUAUAAAGGUUUAUUAGCUGUUAAAAAUUAUGAAGGAAAUGUAGAAGAUCUUUCGCUUGAUUUCACAAGUACCCAUUUUGAAAAUGAUGGUACAUCUACCACAGUUGACUUAAUACCUGGUGGUAGCCAUAUCUCCGUAACAAAUCAAAAUCGAAUUCAAUACAUUUAUUCAGUUGCCAACUAUCGAUUAAACGUACAGAUUGCGAGACAAUGCCGAGCUUUCUUUAAAGGCCUUUCUACCAUUAUUGAUAUCAAAUGGCUUCGUAUGUUUAAUCAGCAAGAAUUACAAAUCUUAUUAGGUGGUGCAUCUGUACCAAUUGAUCUUGCCGAUUUACGUGCUCAUACAGUACUUGCAGGUUAUAUGGAACAUGACAAGACAGUUAAAAACUUUUGGAAAGCUUUAGAAUCCUUUGAUAACACGUUGCGUAUGAAAUUUGUCAAGUUUGUUACAUCAUGUUCCAGACCGCCUCUUUUAGGUUUCAAGGAACUGGUACCGCAAUUUUGUCUGCGUAAUGCAGGUAUGGAUCCUGAAAGAUUACCUACUAGUUCCACCUGUGUUAAUCUAUUAAAGUUACCAAAUUAUCCAACGUAUGAAGUUCUUAGAGAAAAAUUAUUAUAUGCUAUUAAUGCAGAUGCUGGAUUUGAUUUAUCAUAA